AUGGCGCCGGGCGCGACGGGCGCCUCCGCGGCCGUCGCGCGCCUCGCGCGCGCGCCCGCGGCGCCGCGCCGCGUCGCGCGCGCCCGCGCGCCGCCGCCGGCGCGCGCGCGCGUCGCGUUCCGCGCGCGCGCGGCGGUCUUCUCCGAGGAGGACGCGCCGUCGACGCGCGCGGCGUCCUCGCGUUCCGCGCGCUCGUCCGCCUCCUCCUCCUCCUCCUCCUCCUCCUCCUCCUCCUCCUCCUCCCACGGCGCAGCAGACUCGGGCGGGUACCUCGCCGUCUCCCCGUGCGCGUCCCUCCGCGGCGUCGUCCCCAUCGCGGGCGCGAAGAACGCGGUCCUCGCGCUCCUCGCGGGCGCGCUCGCGUGCGGCGACGAAGUCGUCCUGCGCGACGUUCCCAUCGGGCUCGCGGACGUGCGCGCCAUGAUCGACGUGCUGCGCUCCGUCGGCGCGCGCGUCGACGUCGGCGGCGAGGACGCGAAUACCGCGAAUACCCCCUCUUCGGGCGUCGUCGUCGUCCACGCGCGCGCGGAAGAUCUGCGCGCGUCGCCCAGCGCGGACGCGGUCGCGAAGCUCCGAGCCUCCUUCUUCGCCGCGGGUCCGAUCCUCGCGCGCGCCGGUCGCGUCUCAAUGCCGCUGCCGGGCGGCUGCGCGAUCGGCGCGCGGCCGGUGGACCUCCACCUCGACGGCUUCCGCGCGCUCGGCGCGGUCGUGGAGGUCACGUCGCGCGGCGUCGUCGAGGCGAGGGCGAUCGCGCGCGACGGGAAGCUGCGCGGCGCGGGGACGCACGUCAUGCGGUUUCCGAGCGUCGGCGCGACGCACGCGAUCGUGAUGGCCGCGUCGCUCGCGGUGGGGGACACGACGAUCGUGAACGCGGCCGCGGAGCCGGAGAUCGAGGACCUCGCGGCGAUGCUGAACGCGUCGGGGGCGAAGAUACGCGGCGCGGGGACGAGCGUCAUAACCAUCGAGGGCGUCGGCGUCGCGGGGAGCGGGGAGAAGGGGGACGGCGGCGGCGGCGGGACGGGGAGGGGGGGGUUGGGAGGGUGCGCGCACGACGCCAUCCCGGAUAGGAUCGAAGCGGGGACGAUGCUCGUCGUCGCCGCGUGCGUCGGGUCGACGCUCACGCUGUCGCCCGUGAUCCCUGAGCACAUGACCGCGACGACGGCGCUGUUGAUCGACGCCGGGUGUUCGAUCGACGUCGGCGACGAGGUGGGGGGCGAAUCGAAAUCGAAAUCGAAUUCGAAUUCGAAUUCGAAUUCGACGUCGAGGCGACGGUCGAUGACGAUCACCCCCCCGCCGCGCGGCGGCCUCCGCGCGGUCGACUUCACGACCGCGCCGUACCCUGGCGUGCCGACGGACAUGCAGCCGCAGCUGUGCGUCCUGAACGCGUGCGCGGAGGGCGUCGCGAUCGUUCGAGAGACGGUGUUCGAGUCGCGUUGGAGCCACGUCCCCGAGCUCAGAAGGAUGGGCGUCGAGUGCGACUUCGUGGACGCCGACGGCGACGACGCCGUCGCGAACGCCAACGCCAACGCCAACGCCAACGCGGGGCGCGCGCUGCGGAUCGUCGGCGUCGGCGCGAGGGGGUUGCGACGCGCGGACGUCCGCGGGAGCGAUCUGCGCGCGUCGGCGGCGUUGAUCGUCGCCGGGCUGGCCGGGCCCACGCGCGUCGCCGGGCUCGCGCACCUCGACCGCGGGUACGAGGGUCUCGACGCGAAGCUCCGCGGCGUCGGCGCGGACGUCGAGCGGCGUCCCGUCCCGCCGAGGAAGUGA